UACUCUGUGUCUUCCUCUAGCUCUUUCAGACGGCAGCAGAAUGUCCUCAUCACAACAUUUGAUUUCUAGGGUGAUCAUUGUCUCCAUUCUUUUGGGAGUGGAUGGAUUUAAUGGAUACUACCGCUUUGGUCUGGCUCGGUGCCGCUACAGCUCCUGGGACCUGAGUGAUAUGGAGUUCAUUCUGUCUAUAAUAUUUAACAAGGUUGAAUUUGCACGGUUCAACAGCACUGUGGGGAAGUAUGUGGGAUACACUGAGUAUGGAGUGCAUAAUGCAGAGAUAUGGAACAAGGAUCCAGCAAUUAUGGCAAAGUGGCGGGCUGAGAUGGACAGAUACUGCAAACCCAGUGCCCAGAAUGAAAUUAAUUACAUACUGACAAAGAAAGUUGAGCCAGAGGUGAGGUUGAGUUUGGGGAAGGCCUCCACUGGUGGUCAUCCUGCCUUGCUGGUGUGCAGCGCGUACAACUUCUACCCAAAGAUGAUCCGUGUGACCUGGCACAAAGAUGGCCAGGAGGUGACUGGUGAUGUGGUAUCUAGCGAGGAGCUGGCGGAUGGAGACUGGUACUACCAGACCCACUCCCACCUGGAGUUCACCCCCAAAGCUGGAGAGAAGAUCUCCUGUGUGGUUGAGCACGAAAGCCUCAGGGACCCUGUGGAGAUCACCUGGGACCCCUCCAUGCCUGAGCCUGAGAGGAAUAGGAUUGCCAUUGGAGCUGCAGCACUGGUGCUGGGGUUAAUCGUCACUGCUGCUGGGUUCAUCUACUACAAGACAAAGUCCAGAGGGCGGAUCUUGGUACCCAGUAGUUAGAGUCUGUCACAUCACGCUGAACUGACAUUCAAUCAAGACAUCUAUCAAGAAAUCAAUCAUGAAUAUCAGGGAUGGUAAUGAUCAAGAUUGCUAGCUUUUUUUGCUGUCUUUUUUCCCUGAACUUGCUUUAGAGAUAUGAAUUACAUAUACCCAUAAAUCUUAAAAAUAUAUAGUUGUUUUGGUUUGGAGGAAGGGAAAAAUGCUUUAAUAUUGAUUUCCUUCCAUGUUUGUCCUGUAUCAAACACUGGUGAUAACACAAAGAGGUUUAUAUUAACUAAUUUCUCCUACAGUCUUUGUAAAUAUUUGUAGAUGCCGCUUUGUCACUUCUGUCAAUAAUUAGUUUCAGUCACAUGUAAUCAACCACAAUAUGAAAACUUCCUUUCUAACAAUAAAGUUUGGGAAAAAACUG